AUGAGUUAUAGUCGUCCUCUUAAAGGGGAAGUUAUGACUUCUAUCAAGGUGAACAACCUGACCUAUCACACUUCAUCAUACACCCUACGGCGUAUGUUUGAGAAGUAUGGGCCGAUUGAUGACGUAUAUAUACCACGGGACCGCCUCACUAAUGAGUCCCGUGGCUUCGCCUUCAUCCGCUUCUGCUACAAGCAUCAUGCUGAGGAUGCCUUGGGUGCCCUAGACGGUAUCUUGCUGGAUGGCCAUGAGCUUCAAGUACAGUUGGCACACUGUGCUUGCCCGCUAGAACUCUGCCAAGGCCCAUCAGAACUUGGCCGAGGCCGAGGCCCCGGCUGCAACCGCAGCCGCAGCCAGGAAACACUAUCUCUACACCGCAGAUACAAGGGACGAUCCAGAAUCCAGUCCAGAUCCAGAUCCAGAUCCAGAUCCAGCAGCAGAUCGCGUGUCAGCUGCUUGAAGUCGAAGCCUCACUCUCAUGGUCAUUCUCGAGAUAGAUCUUCAUCAUCUUCGAGGUCCAGGAGAUCAACCCGAAGAUCCAAAUCCAAGUCCUCCUCGGUGUCCAGGUCUUCUUCGUCAACCAGUUCCAGCUCUAGGUCCAGAAGCCUUCCACCAAGAUACAAAAGGGAAUUCAAGUCCGGGUCAAGAUCUAGAUCUAAGGGUAUCUCCAAGUAUCUUACACAGGGAAGAUAG